AUGCACCGCGUCGCGUCCUACUCGUUUCUAACUCGCUUGUUUUCAGAGCCUGUACCAGGCCGUGUCGCUAAGAGCCUGUGGUCGUGUCCGACGUGGCAGGGAUUGCUCUACGAGGAGCCGUCGGGGUACUUCGGCACGGCAACAGAGGAGGCCGUCAUCAAGUGGCAGACGAGCAACGCGCUGGUGCCGGCGCGCGGCAUAGUGGGGUACUCGUCGCGCGUGGCGUACGCGCGGAAGCACGGGCUGCCCACCACGGAGCAGCUGCGCGCCAUGGAGAAGGCCGCCGAGGCGGACAAGAAGGCGGAGGUGAUAGAGUUCUGUUGUGAGCUGGUGGGAAACCAGGAGAUUUUCCGCACCAAGCGGUGCAAGGAGGACGCAUCCCUGGCUGAUCGCAUGCACCUCUGCAGCGAGGCGUGCCAAAUGGCAGUCAGUGAGGCGUGUGACAAGAGCGAGGCAGCGGAGGAGGCGGCGCAGAAGGCGGAGAAGGAGGCGGAGGCUGCGGAGGCGGGCGCGGUGGACGAGUGGCGGUGGACGCUCAACUGGAACCACAUCCUGCCCAACCUCGUCGUCGGCUCCUGCCCUCGCUCGCCAGAUGACGUCGACCGCAUAGCGGACGAGGCGGGGGCGACGGCGAUCAUGAACCUGCAGUCCGACCUCUGCUUCGACGCGCUGAAGAUUCCGUUUGAGAGCGUUCGGGCGCGGGCGGUGGAGCGAGGGGUGCUGCUGGCGCGAGUGCCAAUCAGAGACUUCGACCACGGCGACCAGGCGUUCAUGCUACCGGAGGCGGUGCGGGUGGUGAACGUGCUGCUGCACCGCGGGCACACGGUGUACGUGCACUGCACGGCGGGCAUCAACCGUGCCUCGCUCACGUGCGUGGCGUACCUCUACUUCGUGCAGGGGCUGCGCCGCGACGAGGCCGUCACGCUCGUCAAGAACGCGCGGCCCGUGGCGCACCCGUACCUGGACUGCCUGGCGGACGCCAAGCGGCGGCUGCUGGAGGGGCGACAGGAGGAGAUGACGGCGCUGGCCACUCAGAUCUACGAGCAGCGCAACAACGGCGGCCACACCGGCUCCGCCACCUCUGAUUGGUCCGCCGCCCAGGCGACAGCCAUUGCAGCAUCGUUCCGCAAGUACCUCGAGGUCGACAAUGGUCUGCUGUCGAUGGAGGACGACUUGGCGGCGGCGGCAGAGGCGAGGCGGCAGCAGCAGGAGGAGGAGAGCGACGACGAGCGCAGAGAGGUGGUGGCGGCGGAGAUCGAGCGGCUGACGGGGGAGCUGCGGCAGCAGAGGGAGGAGAUUCAGCAGCUGCAGGCGGCGGCGCGGCAGUGGAAGCUGCAGAAGGAGCAGGCGGAGGGCAUGGUACAGCUGCUGCAGCAGGAACUCGCCAUCAAGGACGCUGCUGCCGCUGCAACAGCGGCAGCCACCACAACAGCAGGGGGAGCUGGCAGCUUGAAGGUGGCAGGGAGCACCACCAAUGGAGUUGCUGUGGUGUCAGCAGCGUUUGCAGCGGCGCGCACGUCGAAGGUGACGACGAUAGUGUGGUUCCGCCGCGACCUACGCGUCGAGGACAACCCCGCGCUCAUCGCGGCGGCGCAGCAGGGCGCCGUGGUGCCGCUCUUCGUGUGGUCGCCGGAGGAGGAGGGGCAGUUCUUCCCCGGCCGCGUGUCGCGCUGGUGGCUGCGCAACUCGCUCUCGCAGCUACACGCCGCGCUCACGGCGCUGGGCGUGCCGCUCUUCAUGCGGCGCGCCAAGUCGACCCUGGCGGUGCUGCUGGAAGUCAUGGCGGCCACCGGCGCCACGCAGGUCUUCUACAACCACCUCUACGACCCCGCGUCGUUGGUGCGCGACCACCGCGUGAAGCAGGAGCUGAGUCGGCGCGGCGUGGUGGUGCGGUCGUUCAACGCGGAUCUGCUCUUCGAGCCCUGGGAGAUCUUCGACGACCACGGCAAGGCCUUCACCACCUUCCGCUCCUUCUGGCGCCACUGCCUGCACCACCCGCGCCCCUCCCGCCCCGACCCGCCUCUCCCCGCGCCCGCGCGCCUGUGCGGGCCGCUGGGGUUCGUGCGGAGCGUGGCGGUGGACCUGCUGGGGCUCGAGGCGGACGACGAGCGCCCCAGCAACGACCUGCUCGCGCGCGCCUGGCUGCCCGGCUGCACCAACGCGGACCGCGCGCUCGUCGCGUUCCUGCACGGGCCGCUGCUCGAGUACGCGGCGAAUCGCAGCAAGGCGGACAGCGCGACGACGUCGCUUCUCUCCCCGCACCUGCACUUCGGGGAGAUCUCCGCGCGCCGCAUCUUCCACGAGUGCCAGCGCCUCAGCGUCGCGUGGCAGAAGGACGGGCUGCCGCACGCGGCGGAGAGCGUGGCGCAGUUCGUGCGCGCGCUGGGCUUCCGCGAGUACUCGCGCUACCUCUCCUUCAACUUCCCCUUCACGCACGAGCGCUCUCUCCUCGCGAACCUCAAGCACUUCCCGUGGCGCGUGGACGAGCACAUGUUCAAGCUAUGGCGGCAGGGGCGCACGGGGUACCCGCUGGUAGACGCGGGCAUGCGCGAGCUGUGGGCGACGGGGUGGCUGCACAACCGCAUCCGCGUGGUGGUGGCGUCGUUCUGCGUGAAGUUCCUGCAGCUGCCGUGGCGGUGGGGCAUGAAGUACUUCUGGGACACGCUGCUCGACGCCGAUCUCGAGGCCGACGUGCUGGGCUGGCAGUACAUCAGCGGCUCGCUGCCCGACGGCCACGAGCUGGAUCGCAUGGACGAUCCCGAGGAGGACGGCUACCGCUUCGACCCCGAGGGGGAGUAUGUGCGGCGCUGGGUGCCCGAGCUCGCGCGCGUGCCCACGGAUUGGAUCCACCACCCGUGGGACGCGCCGCCCGUCGUGCUGCGCAUGGCGGGGGUGGAGCUCGGCGCGAAUUACCCGCGGCCGGUGCUUGAUGUGCUCACGGCGCGGCAGCGGCUGCAGGAGGCGGUGGAUACGAUGUGGCAGCGCGAGGCGGCGCUGAAGGCGGCGGCCGCCAACGGGUGCGACGAAGGGCUGGGCGACACGGAGGAGGUGCUCGUCGCGUUUUCGCGCGCGCCCGACCACCGCCUGCCCAUGCGCGUGCACACCGCGCUCGUGCGCCCCGAGCUCAGCUGCGCCAACGGCGCCUCCGCCCCCGCCGCGUCGCACAGCACGCUGGCGGCCAGCGCCAGGGGCGGCGCAGGGGGGUUGGCGCGCAGCGCGUCGUGCGACUCCGCCGCCGCCAGCGGGGUCGGGCCGUGGCGCGGGCCUGCGGAUAACGGGGAGGGGGAGGCGCAGGGGGUGCGCGUAGGCGGGGAGGAGCUCCCCCUGGCCGUGCAGAUGGAGGCGGCGGCGGCGGCGGUGAUGGCGGCGGACAGGGCGGGGAAGGCAGCGCGAGGACCGGCGGAGGGGGAGUGCGGGGAGGCGAAAAAGCAAGUCGCGGAUGGAGACCCGGCGGAACUGGCGGCGGGGAGGGCGGACGGCGCGGACGGGGGGGGCGGUGCGGGCGGGGUUGCGCCAGGCGUGGUCCCGUGGAACGACCAGAUGGUGCCGUACUUCCCUUCCCCCGCCACCAUCCAGGCCGCGGAAGCCAUUCUCGCGGGGGACGCCGCCGCCGCCGCGCACGCCAUGCAGGCGGAAGGCGUGCAGCCGCCGUUCCCCAAGGACGUGCCGGCGGAAGAGAAGGGAACGCGUCCCCCUGCGGCGGGGGCGCCGGAGCAAGCGGCUGCGGGGAAGGGGAACGUGGGCGGGGCGACGUCGGCGCUGCCGCGUUGGGCGGCAGUUCUGGGCGGGCAGGGCGGGGGAGCCGGGCACGGGACGGCGGAAGGGCUGUCCCCGUCCGCGCGCGUGUCGAGUCUGGUGGAACUGCAACUGUUCCCCUCUGCCCCGCGCCCCGCCCCCGCCGAUGGCGUGCGCGCGCAGAGGGGUAAAGUGGCGGAGGGGAGGCAGGCGGAAGGGUCGAAGAAGGACGGUGGGGGCACGGCGGGAAAGGAAGGCGGGGGAGUGCUGGGGAAGCGCGGAUUCAGUAACGUGUGGGGAGAUGACACGCCGUUCCCAUCUACAAUGUUCCGAAGAGUGAAAGAUGAAACGCAGUUCGUACCCGUACUGGUGCAACAGCAACUGCGGCAGUACCAGCAACAACAACAGCAGCGGCAGGCGCAAGAGGGGCAGGAGCACCUGGCGGCGAUGAGGGCGGGUGUGACGGCGGAGGUGGGUCAAAAGCUGAUGGCGCUGCAGCAGCAGCAGCAGCGGCUGGCGGCGGGCAAUGCCACCAAUGCGCGCGACCGCAGCAACGCGCCCAACGACCCCGCGGGCGCAACCAGAGCGCCUCCCGGCGCAGCAGCGCCAGGCGCGGAAGCAGCGGCGCCAGGGGCGGCGGAGCAGCAGAGGGGCGGGGCGGGGGGUGGGGCGGGGGUGCUGUAUGCGGGGCCCACAGGGCGCGUGGCGCUGACAGGCCUGCCGUUCCGCGUGAGCGCCAUGGCCGAGGCGGGCGCGACCAGCACUGGCGGCGCUGGCGGGGACGGCAGAAUACCCCACGCCCACGAUGCGACAGCAGCAGCCAUGGGCAAGAAGGGGUGGGGCCCGCUCACCUUCCUCUCACUUGUGUCGCCACACCUGCCGCACCACCAGCACCACCCAGCAGACCCCCACGCCCUGCCCGCCUUCCCCCCGCCCGCCUUCCCCCCGCCCGCCGCUCUCGACUCGGCUGUGGUGCCGCGCCAGCACGUCCGCCUCUUCCCCUGA